UUGUCCAAGUUACCUAUACAAAAACAACAACGUGGCCAAAUCAGUUCAUUCUGAUAAGUUUAUCGCAAGAUUAAUGAUAAACUCAUUCAACUAUCAUUCGUAUAAAAGUGAGCAUACUUUAUGAGGCGUUGUUAAUUUGUCACACAAUAAACCGUAGACGAAAUGAAACUGCUGAUCGUACUUGCCCUUAUCGGCGCUGCCUUCGCCUUCCCCGAGGAUGUGCAGCCAAUUGAGUUGGGAGAGGCCCUGGCACCCGAAUACAUUGACUUCGGAAUGGCAUACAUUCCCGAAUCAGUGGCUCAUGAAGCUGGUUUAGACAAAUCUGUCGACGAGCCAGCGCCCAUCCACUUCGUUAACGAAAACGGAGACAUUCAGUCAUACGUUGAGCACAGCCCAGUAGACGUAGCCGAAGCACCCGUAGACGAACUUUCGCCUGUCCACUUCGUUAACAAUGAUGAAGUCCAGCCAUUCGUUGAGGAAGUCCCAGUAGACGCACCCGUCGAAAGCAACCCAGCAAUCGCUCCCGGAGAACUUGAAGCCGUCCAAGUGGUUGACCUCGACGACUUACCUGAACACCCCAGCCCCUUCAUGUACGCGAUUCAUGUUGACGAACCCGUGAUCGUCGACGCGCCGGAAGGCGAUCAUUUUUACCCCGGCAAACUUUACGAUGACCCUACCUGGCGCUAAUUUUUCUAGGGGAAACAAAUUUACUACAAUAACAUUUUGUGAAACAUCCACUUCAUCAACCGUUUAAAUCGUUCAACAUCUUUUGUAAAAAACUGAAGCAACUAAUAAACAAUAUUUAAAAAAAA